CAUUGAGAUUGAAAAACCAUCAAAGUAUUUUUAUUAUGGAUUUCAACCAGAGCACAACUAUAAAAGGAAUACAAAAGGAUGGCGAGUCACUGCGGCAAAAUUUGUACUAGCACCAGAAAAAUGUUUUCUGGUGGGUGAUAGUUUGGGGAAAAUUCACAUGUACAAGUAUGAACCUAGUUUGGGGAAAGUCUCGUAUAGUUGUGAGCUUUCUUCUCCUUACGGAACCCAUGAAAAUACUAAGGUCACAUGUUUCGCUAUUCAUGCAACUAAACCAUACGUGCUGUCAGCAUUCUCUAGAGGCGAUAUUUUUCUGUGGCACUAUGGAAACAGUUGGGAGCAGAAGAAAAGGUUUUACAUGGGCGGGGGAGCUGAGCACAUCAUGUUUCACCCAAAUAACACCAUCGCUUUCGCUGCUACAUCGGGAGACGAACUAGAGAUUUUUGACCUGAAUUAUCGUCAAUCAGUAGGCCCAUUGAAAUGGCGUUCUCCAUACAGUGUGAUUUGUAUGGACUACUUCAGUCAUGGUGAUGAGCAAUACUUGAUCACUUGUGCUGCUCGCCGUGGAGAUAAAACUGCCGAGAUUUGGGAUUUCAAGAGCAAGACCUUUUUUCUAACACUUGAAGGACAUACAUCAGAUGUUGACACAGUAUGUGCCCAUCCCAGUCUUCCAUUACUAAUUACAGGCUCGUCAGAUGGAACAGUCCGUAUUUGGGACUCCACUACCUUCAGGCUGGUGAGCACAUUGAAUUUUGGGCUCGGAAAAGUUCUGGCUGUACGAUGUGUGCGGGAUUCAAGAAGGAUUGCGAUCUGCUGUGAAGAUGGACUGGUCGUGACAGAAAUCGAUGGGGAAGAGCCUUUCGCUAGCAUUGGAAGACAGUGAAAAGGCUACAUACACAGCAUGGUGAAAUUGAAACCAUUCAUGUAUUGUCAAUGUCUACUGUAGUGAAUCUAAAAAAGGCCUCUGAAGAACCAAGCAAUGUGCGAGGAGGUGCGGCCAAAACAAAUGUUGAAGCGACCGAUCGCUGGAGCGAUUUCUUUUGUCUUGCUUCUGUUCGCCAGCCAAACUCUGAGACAGAUCCCCGCUCCCCGCUGUACCUGUUGUA